UCUGCGAGCAAAAAGAAGGAACAGGCAGCUCCCAAGAAGGUAGCAAAGCGCGAAGCUGAAGCUGACGCCGAGGUACCCACAACAACACCAACAGCAAAGCGACGCAAAAAGGACCCGGAGAUCUUAGCUGCCGAGCUGCGCGAAAAGGCCAAGGCACAAGAAGAAAAGGCGGAAAAGGCGCACCACAAGAAGGACUGGGAAGAGUGGCAGAAAGCCCACGAUGUCGACGGGAAACUGCUAGAUGCUGAGCCCGAGAAAGAAGAGUCAAUCACGCAAACAGACAGCCAGAAGAAGUACGGUCUGAAACCAACCGAGCUGGGCAGUUUACUGCAUUUCGAAAAACGACAUCCUACUUACAACAACACGACAAAACUAUUCCUCGAAAAAGACGUGAAACAACUCGCGUUCAGGAAACACGGUAUUCUAGCCAGUGGCGGCAAGACGAAGGACUCUGCGCUUCUACGGAAGGGAGAAGAGGUGUGGAAUGAAGAAUACGCCUCAUCCGCUGCUGCUGUCGAUGACGCGAAGAAGAAGGCUUCAUCAGAAAGAGCCCAGAAACCCAAAACGCCCAAGCAGAAAUGGACCGAAUACGUCUCUGCACAUGCGCUUCCCACCGACGCCGACAACAAACUGGUUGAUGAGCCAAAGGUGGCUGUCAACCAGACUGAGAGCAAAGCAAAGUAUCACUUGACGCCCGCGGAUCUGGCUUGUCUCCCGUUCUUUGCUAAGAAAAAUCCGGCGUAUGGGAAUACGAUCAAGUUGUUUAGCGAAAGUGAGGUUCAGGGGUUAGCUUGGAGGAAGGCUGCUGUGUUGGCGGGUGUGGAGGAGGGUGAUGAUGAGGUGGAAUUCUUGGAGAAAGGGAGGGAGGCGUUUGAGGAG